AUAAAAAUUUUAUUGUUAGAAUAUACAUGAACACAAAAUUAUUCGUCAAACGUCAUUUUCCAAGUCGAAUAAAAAUAAUCGAUGCGAAACUCUUCGCUCGCACGUGCCACUCGCUCAUUCUUUUCAAUAGGGCACGCGCGUAGGGGGUAAAGCGUGGAAAAAGAGAGGGGGCUUACAUCUGCCGUUCUUUCGGACCCUUACAACGGUUGAACAGCGGAUAGAAGGGUACCAUGAAGGGUACCAUGAUAGAAAUGGACGAACUCCCUCGCGUGUAGACUUCCCCCUCCUUUAUGUCUCGACAACGGUUGUGAAAGUGAGGGGGUUGAUAGACCAUCAACGUUGGUCAACGGUCAUUUUCAUUGACAGUUCUCUUCGCGUCGUGCAACAUACAGGAGAGUGCAUAAGAAAGUGCAGUGUAUCUCGCGAAACUAAAGAAAAGCGUUUUUUUUUUUUAUGAGAAGGAUUUUAGCGAAGAAACUGCGCGCGAAAGGAGUCAUUAAUACACCUGCACGAAACAGAAAAUCUUUCGAAACACACUGUCAGCAGCGUCUUAUAACGAAGCAUCGUGCAACGGACAACCGAUCCGGAGUUAAGGAACAAACUUCACAAACACACGUUUCUACACGGAGGCGUAGGAGAAAGACAAAUAUUCUAAGAGAAUAUUUUGAAAUAAUAUAAAAUUCUCAGAAAGACGUAAUAGAUAUCGAAGUUGAAACAGAACCAAUUAACUUAAUUGGAUUUUAGUACGUUAAAACAAUUACAUUGAAACAUAACAGAUGUUAUACGAAGGCGUACAAUGGAUACUGUUAUCUCUAAUAAUGGUAAACAAUUGCUGAAUCAGAUCAUAAUGAAGAGAUGUUCAUCGGCACCUAAUUUAGAAGACGUUGGCGGUGAUGCUAAAAGAACGAAAGGAAUUACGCAAUGUACGAAUCCAGAUACAAAGGAAUACCUUCAAUUGGCUUUAGCUAGAGUCCUAGAAUUACAACGAAAGAUCAAUGAAGGUACAUACGUUAGAGAAACCGAUAAUGGUGGCAGUGAUUUAGAAGCAUCAGACGGCGAAGAAGAUUUAAUGAAGGAAAUUUUUGCGAAAGUAUUUCAAGAUCUACCCGGAACGCCUAGCUAUAUUACUAAAAUAAUAGACAGAGGAACGCAUUGGAGAAAUCCUCGUAUGGAUGCAAUACAUAGUAAAAGAAUACAAUUGUUAGGUUUUGAUACUUGUCGGAAAAUGGCCCUUGAAUUCAUGAAAACAAUUGUGCGAGAAUCGCGAAACAGAUCUCCCUCAUUAGAUACAAUCAAAUCCGAUGAUUUGACGUUCCAACAAAACGAAUCAUUGUCAAGAGAUGAGAUCCUGGAGAGCGAUUUGCGUAAACGAGAGUCGAACGCGGAAACUCGAGCGAGAAUGUUGAGAAGUCUGGAUUUGCAUUUAGCCGCUAAACAAAGAGAUUAUACGGCUAAGUUAAUGAAUUCGGAUAUAUAGUAGUUGUAUGAGUAGUUCUUGAGCAGAGAUGAAUCGAAAGUGGCAAAUCUCUAAAUUAUUAUCUAUUGUGCAUAAUACAUCAUAUGUUCGAUAUUAACGCAAUGAAAACUUAAAGCAUAUAUUUUAUAUAUUUAAAGAGAAUAUCUUCUCUUUUAGAAUAUCUUCUGUUCAUAUCAUUUUUAUGCAUAAUUGUCUUGACAGAUAAGCAUGUAUAUUUUUGAAAAACCUCCUUAGAGAUAUCGCCACAUUAUGUAUGUAU